CUGCUCUUCUUUUCUUCCCCCUGCACCGAACAAAGCCCCCAAGCUGCCAGCAGCCCUCCCUUGAAGCAAAACCGGUAAAAGCUUGGGAAUUUCUCCUUCUUUUCUUACUCUAGAACACAAAUUGAACCCAGAAAUUCGGAUCUGCUUUGCUCUGUCCGUCCGGUUGCUGCUCUUGCCGGUUUGUGGGUGCGAAUUCUGAGCAUUUUUAGAAAUUCUCCUGCACUGCCGCCGGCCUCCUCCCCAAACUGCAGUCCAGUUGUGCUAGGAAAAUUCUGGUUCCUGAUCGUUCUGUCAGUUUAGCACUGAGAUCGAGUCUUCGGUUUUGUGCGAGUGAGGUAACGAAACCGAGGACAGGGAAAUCACGGGAAGUGAUGAGUUAGAAGGCUAGCCAUUUUGAAAUUGAACAUAGAUUUAGAUAUAAAUCAUGAUCUUUUCUUGUUUUAGUAUACCUGUUGAUCUUCUUGAUUUUUGAUUUUGUUCAUAUGGACACCUCUUUAGGAGGGGUGAUGAUUAUAAGAAAAUACCUAUAUGAGGAUGACUUGACUGUAAAUCUGCUUAGCUUCCAUGGGCUACGAGGUGAAGGCGUAGUCUUUGAAGUACCUAAUGCCCUAGAGUUUUGCUCGAAGAGAAAUGGUUCUUUUGUCUGGUUGCUUUAAAUUUUUGUUUGCCCUUUUAAUUAGAAGACAGUAAUCUUCUAAGUAUCCUAAUCCUCACUAUUGAGUAUUCUGUUAAUUAAUUCGUGUUACUCGGGGUGUUAGAUCUUAACAUCCUGGUUAUAUCUGCUCUUGAAUUCGUGUUCUGGUUGUCAUUAUUGAAAUCUCUUUUGUGGGUCUAAUCCUUGAAUUCUAUUGCUUGUUUCAUGGUUAACUCUUGUCUCUCAAUUUUGACUGCUUGAUUAAAUUUGAUCUUGAUUCUUGGUGAAUGCCAUUUUGUUGCUUAAUUUUUGAGGCAUUCUACCUUGCACUCUUAUGUUCCAAUAUUCUUCCAAGCAAUCAUAUUUUCCACUGAUUUCAUUGUAAUGAUAUUCUAAAAAUUUCACAUGUCAUUUGAUGGGUCUAGCUUUUAACUCUUGUUAAUUGCUAAAAUCUGUUUCUUGAUUCCAGUUGUUUUGUUAAACAUGAUCUUGCUUAUUUAUCAUCCUUGUUUUGUGACAGAAUUUAUAAGGCAUCCAUGCACUUGUUCAUUCAUUCAUGAUCCGUAUAUCCAUUGGAUGCUUAUCCAUCGUUGAUAAAGUUCAAGUUUUGUUGUACUCGUCUUUAAAUCCAUGCCAUUCUUUGCCAACUCGUCUUGUGUUGGGUUCGUAGCAUAACCCCACAAUUGUUCUUUUGUGGCUUUGGCAGGAUUUAUUUUAUUCCUUGUGCUUUUCAUAUCACCCCAGCCUCUAGUAGCUUGUUUCAUGGUAAAUUCUGUUAAGUAGUUAAUGUUUUGCUUUUAUGAUUAGUUGUGGUUUGAUAUCAGAGUGGCAUAGUGGAAGCGUAGUAGGCUAGGUUCUGAUCGUGAAAAGUUGGUGGAGCAUUUGUUUUGUCUUGGAAUGGGUGACGCCAUUCACCACUUGAAAUGAUCCUCAAUUUGAGUUUUGGGGACAAAAUCCUUUUAGGAGGGGUGGAUGUAAUACCCCAAAAAUUUCUAGAAUAAAUAAGUGUGAGUUAA